GGCGAUCUUGUCUCGUAGUUGCUUGGUGAGUCUGCAAGAAGGAGCAUCACUGAAAAAGGAAUUCCUGUGUAUUUAGUUUUCGUUCAGUCAUCCGUCCAUCAUGCGCUGGACGCUGAUGGUGGUGGUGGUGUGGGUGGCGGCAGCGGGGGUGGGGCGCUGCGCCAAGCUCAGCCACCUUGGAGGAGCGGGAUGCGACUGUGAGGAGGACGCCGGGCCGGUGGGCAGCUUCUUCGUGGCGCCACUGCCCUCCGGCGGAACCCACACCUCCUUUGCAGGCUUCGGUACGCCGUCCAAGGCGGAGGAUGUGAAAGGAGCAUCCUUCAGCACCAGUGGAUCAGGCGGCACAGCAGCGGCUGCCGGCAGCGGUGGUCGCGGUGCCAGUGUCACAACUGGCUACCACGCAGCGGGAACCCACGGUAGUAGUAGUGCCACUUACAGCCAGACCGUUCACGGAGCGACAUCUGGUACCUCGGGAGCUGCAGGGUUUAGAGGCAGCACAGUCUCCGGCGGCCACAUAUCCUCCACUGGAAGCUCCUCGUUUUCCUCAUUUGCCGGGCAGAAAUCGGAAGACGGCAAGCAGCCUUACUCUGGAGCCUCACAUUCCGGCAUCAGUGCACAUUCCAGCAGCGUGGGUGGUCCAGGGACUAUAGGAACCGCCAGCAAAGUCUCUGGGGGCGGGAUUAAAGCCUCACAUGCCUCAACAUACAAUGCUCAAUCUGGUUCGUUCGGAGCAGGAACGGCAGGUGGAGCUCCUGGGAGCAAGGUGUCAGGGACAGGUUCCCAAUCAUCAUUUUCCUUUCACGGCUCUUCAAGUAUCCGCGGCCCUGGAGUCUCACCAUCAAGAAGUGGAAGUGGCGUUUCUCUUACAAGCAUUGGAUCAGGUGGUAGACCAUCUGUAGGAGGUUCUGGUGGAAGAUUUACUAGUACGCCCAGUUUUCACGGGACCAGCUCUGCAUCAGGAGUUGGUACUAAGCCAGGUCAUGGAUCAUUCAGUUCUGCCACUAAAGAUGCUGACUCUGAAACACCGGGUACUGGCUCUUCAAUACGAAAAUAUUCCACUCAGCAAUAUUCUUUCAGUAGCGGUGGUUCCAGUGGUUCACCUGCAGGUACUGGGAGCACCUCCUUUACUUCCUCCUCACAAGCCGGUCGACGUCCAGGAAGCAGCAGUAGACUUGGUUCAGCCACGUUCACCUCCGUCAGGGGCGGGGCAGGUUCUGGAGCUGGAACUGGAGCACACGGACCUGGCUCAAGCAGUCGCCCUUCUACUAGUUCAAGCGGUUCCUACACUUCAUCUACUUCAACUGGUAGACGUCCAGGAACCAGCGGUACACAAGGUUCGGCCACGUUCACCUCCACAAGGCAUGGACCAGGCUCUGGAGCUGGAACUGGAGCACACGGACCUGGCUCAAGCAGUCGUCCUUCCACUGGUUCAAGUGGUUCCUACACUUCAUCUACUUCAACUGGUAGACGUCCAGGAACCAGCAGUACACAAGGUUCGGCCACGUUCACCUCCACAAGGCAUGGACCAGGCUCUGGAGCUGGAACUGGAGCACACGGACCUGGCUCAAGCAGUCGCCCUUCUACUGGUUCAAGUGGUUCCUACACUUCAUCUACUUCAACUGGUAGACGUCCAGGAACCAGCGGUACACAAGGUUCGGCCACGUUCACCUCCACAAGGCAUGGACCAGGCUCUGGAGCUGGAACUGGAGCACACGGGCCUGGCUCAAGCAGUCGCCCUUCUACUGGUUCAAGUGGUUCCUACACUUCAUCUACUUCAACUGGUAGACGUCCAGGAACCAGCGGUACACAAGGUUCGGCCACGUUCACCUCCACAAGGCAUGGACCAGGCUCUGGAGCUGGAACUGGAGCACACGGACCUGGCUCAAGCAGUCGCCCUUCUACUGGUUCAAGUGGUUCCUACACUUCAUCUGCUUUAACUGGUGGACGUCCAGGUUCAGCUACGUUCACCUCCACAAAGCAUGGAGCAGGUUCUGGAGCAGGUUCUGGAUCUGGAACUGGAGCACACGGACCGGGAUCAAGCAGUCACAGCUCAACUAAGUUCGGAGGAACUUCUGCAAGUGGAUUAUCUGCACACAGGCCGGGAUCAAGCAGUCUCACCUCCACGAAACACACUUCAUUUGGAGCCUCAGUUCGUCCCUCUACUGGUGCUGGUACUGUUGGCACAUUUGGCUCCACCAGACACUCUUCUACUUCUGGUUCUGGAACGGGAACUGGAGUAUAUACUCCAGAUGGUAGUGGUGCUUUUGGUCCCUCAAGACUCACUUCUGCUAAAUUAACUCCGACCGUGACCGGUACUGGUUCUGGUAUAGGAACUGGAUCCUUCCGUCCAGGUUCUACAGCUUCUACUAAACAAACUUCUACAAAAUUUGCUACAUCCGUGACGGGUGCUGGUUCUGGAACAGGAACUGGAACAUUAUCUUUAUCUGGAACUGGCACCGCUUUUGGAACAGGAACAGGAUCACUUACCUCAGGUUCUAGAGGACACACUUCUACUAAAUUCACUUCAUCUGUGGCCGGCGCUGGUUCUGGAACAGGAACUGCAACAUUUGGUCCUGGUUCUAUUGGAUCUACAAAACAUACUUCUACUCCAUUCACUUCAUCUGGUACUGGAGCUGGAUCUGGAGCAUUUGGUCCAGGUUCUACUGGUUCCACUAGACACACAUCUAGCACAUUCACAUCAUCCGGAACUGGUACUGGUCCUGGAACCGGGACAGGAGCAUUUGGCCCAGGUUCUACUGGUUCCAUUAGACACACUUCUACUACAUUCACAUCAUCCGGAACCGCUGCUGGUUCUGGAACGGUAACAGGAACAGGUCCUGGUUCUACUGGUUCCACAAGGCACACUUCUACUAGACUCACUUCAUCUGGAACUGGCGCUGGCUCUGGAACAGAAACUGGAGCAUAUACUCCUGGCGCCUAUGGUUCUGGUUCUACCGGUUCCACCAAACAAACGUCAACUAAAUUCACUUCAUCCGUGAGUGGAACCGGUUCUGGAGCGGGAACUGGAGCAUUUGGUCCUGGUUCUACUGGUUCCACUAGACACACCUCUACUACAUCCACAUCAUCUGGAACUGGAGCAGGGACAGGAACAUUUGGUCCUGGUUCUACUGGUUCUACAAAGCAUACUUCUACAUUCACUUCAUCCGUGACUGGGGCUGGUUCUGGGUCGGGAACAGGAUUUACCGCUCCUGGUUCAACUGGUUCCACCAAGCACACAUCUAUUAGAUUCCCAUCAUCCGGAACUGGCACCGGUGUUGGAACAGGUACCGGAUCAUAUACUUCUGGUGCCUAUGGUCCUGGUUCCACAAAGCAUACUUCUACUAAAUUCACUUCAUCCGUAAGCGGUUCUGGUACUGGAACAGGAACUGGAGCAUUUGGUCCUGGUUCUACUGGUUCCACAAAGCAUACUUCUACUACAGUCACUUCAUCUGGUAUUGGCGCUGGCUCUGGAACAGUAACAGGAGCAUUCGGUCCUGGUUCCACUGGUUCCACUAAACACACUUCUACUAAGUUCACAUCAUCCGUGACCGGUGCUGAUACUGGAACAGGAACUGGAGCAUUUGGUCCAGGUUCGACUGGUUCUACAAGGCAUACUUCUACUACAUUCACUUCAUCUGGAUCUGGUGUCAGGCCUGGAGCAGGAACAGGAGCAUUUGGUCCUGGUUCUACUGGUGCUAUCUCUGGAGCAUUUGGUCCUGGUUCUACUGGUUCCACCAAACACACGUCAACUAAAUUCACUUCAUCUGUGAGUGGAACCGGUUCUGGAGCGGGAACUGGAGCAUUUGCUCCUGGUUCUACUGGUUCCACUAGACACACCUCUACUACAUUCACAUCAUCUGGAACUGGUUCUGUCUCUGGAGCACUGGGUCCUGGUUCUAUUGGUUCUACAAAACAUACUUCUACAUUCACGUCACCUGGAACUGGAAUAGGAACUGGAGCAUUUGGUCCUGGUUCUACUGGUUCCACAAAACACACAUCUAUUAGGUUCCCAUCAUCCGGAACUGGCACCGGUGCUGGAACAGGUACUGGAUCAUAUACUUCUGGUGCCUAUGGUCCUGGUUCUACCGGUUCCACAAAGCAUACUUCUACUACAAUCACUUCAUCUGGCACUGGUGCUGGCUCUGGAAUAGGAACAGGAGCAUUUGGUCCUGGUUCCACUGGUUCCACGAAACACACUUCUACUAAAUUCACUUCAUCCGUGACCGGUGCUGGUACUGGAACAGGAACUGCAGCAUUUGGUCCUGGUUCUACUGGUUCUACAAAGCAUAGUACUGCAUUCACUUCAACUGGAACUGGUGCUGGUACUGGAGCAGGAACUGGAGCAUUUGGUCCUGGUUCUACUGGUUCUACAAAGCAUAGUACUGCAUUCACUUCAACUGGAACUGGCGCUGGUACUGGAGCAGGAACUGGAGCAUUUGGCUCUGGUUCUACUGGUCCUACGAAGCAUACUUCUUCUACAUUCACAUCAUCUGGAACCGGAGUAGGGACUGGAGCAUUCGGUCCUGGUUCCACUGGUUCCACUAAACACACUUUUACUAAAUUCACAUCAUCCGUGACCGGUGCUGGUACUGGAACAGGAACUGGAGCAUUUGGUCCAGGUUCGACUGGUUCUACAAGGCAUACUUCUACUACAUUUGCUUCAUCUGGAUCUGGCGUCGGGACUGGAGCAGGAACAGGAGCAUUCGGUCCUGGUUCUACUGGUGCUAUCUCUGGCGCAUUUGGUCCUGGUUCUACUGGUUCCACCAAGCACACAUCUAUUAAGUUCCCAUCAUCCGGAACUGGCACCGGUGCUGGAACAGGUACUGGAUCAUAUACUUCUGGUGCCUAUGGUCCUGGUUCUACUGGUUCCACGAAACACACUUCUACUAAAUUCACUUCAUCCGUGACCGGUGCUGGUACUGGAACAGGAACUGGAGCAUUUGGUCCUGGUUCUACUGGUUCUAUAAAGCAUAGUACUGCAUUCACUUCAACUGGAACUGGCGCUGGUACUGGAGCAGGAACUGGAGCAUUUGGUCCUGGUUCUACUGGUUCUACGAAGCAUACUUCUACGACAUUCACAUUAUCUGGAACCGGAGCAGGGACUGGAGCAUUCGGUCCUGGUUCCACUGGUUCCACUAAACACACUUCUACUAAAUUCACUUCAUCCGUGACCGGUGCUGGUACUGGAACAGGAACUGGAGCAUUUGGUCCUGGUUCUACUGGUUCCACAAAGCAUACUUCUACUACAAUCACUUCAUCUGGCACUGGCGCUGGCUCUGGAAUAGGAACAGGAGCAUUCGGUCCUGGUUCUACUGGUGCUAUCUCUGGAGCAUUCGGUCCUGGUUCCACUGGUUCCACUAAACACACUUCUACUAAAUUCACAUCGUCCGUGACCGGUGCUGGCACUGGAACAGGAACUGGAGCAUUUGGUCCAGGUUCGACUGGUUCUACAAGGCAUACUUCUACUACAUUUGCUUCAUCUGGAUCUGGCGUCGGGACUGGAGCAGGAACAGGAGCAUUUGGUCCUGGUUCUACUGGUGCUAUCUCUGGAGCAUUCGGUCCUGGUUCUACUAGUGCAAUCUCUGGAGCAUUUGGUCCUGGUUCUACUGGUUCCACCAAGCACACAUCUAUCACGUUCCCAUCAUCCGGAACUGGCACCGGUGUUGGAACAGGUACUGGAUCAUAUACUUCUGGUGCCUAUGGUCCUGGUUCUACUGGUUCCACAAAGCAUACUUCUGCUACAUUCACCUCAUCUGGUACUGGGGCUGGCUUUGUAGCAGGAACAGGAGCAUUCGGUCCUGGUUCCACUGAUUCCACUAAACACACUUCUACAAAAUUCACUUCAUCCGUGACCGGUGCUGGUACUGGAACAGGAACUGGAGCAUUUGGUCCUGGUUCUACUGGUUCUACAAAGCAUAGUACUGCAUUCACUUCAACUGGAACUGGCGCUGGUACUGGAGCAGGAACUGGAGCAUUUGGCUCUGGUUCUACUGGUCCUACGAAGCAUACUUCUUCUACAUUCACAUCAUCUGGAACCGGAGUAGGGACUGGAGCAUUCGGUCCUGGUUCCACUGGUUCCACUAAACACACUUCUACUAAAUUCACAUCAUCCGUGACCGGUGCUGGUACUGGAACAGGAACUGGAGCAUUUGGUCCAGGUUCGACUGGUUCUACAAGGCAUACUUCUACUACAUUUGCUUCAUCUGGAUCUGGCGUCGGGACUGGAGCAGGAACAGGAGCAUUCGGUCCUGGUUCUACUGGUGCUAUCUCUGGAGCAUUCGGUCCUGGUUCUACUGGUGCUGGCUCUGGAGCAUUUGGUCCUGGUUCUACUGGUUCGACAAGACACACUUCUACUAGACUCACUUCAUCUGGAACUGGUACUGGCUCUGGAACAGGAACUGGAGCAUAUACUCCUGGCGUUUAUGGUCCUGGUUCUACUGGUUCCACCAAACACACGUCUACUAAAUUCACUUCAUCUGUGACUGGUACUGUUUCCGGAACAGGAACUGGAGCAUUUAGCCCAAGUUCUGCUGGUUCUACUAGACACACCUCUACUACAUUCACAUCACCCGGAACCGCUGCUGGUUCUGGAACGGUAACAGGAACAUUUGGCCCUGGUUCUAUUGGUUCCACUAGACACACUUCCACCAGAAUCACUUCAUCAGGAACUGGCCCUGGCUCUGGAACAGGAACUGGAGCAUAUACUCCUGGCGCCUAUGGUCCUGGUUCUACUGGUUCCACCAAACACUCUUCUACUAAAUUCACUUCAUCUGUGACUGGAACUGGUUCUGGAACAGGAGCUGGAUCACUCUCUACAAGUACCGGUGGUCAUGGUUCUUUAACUCGACACUCUUCUACUCAGCAUGGUUUCACUAGUACAAGACACAGUUCCAGUUCUUUCAGUUCAUCCGGUGGCACAGCCCACGGUUCUAGUGGUACCUUCGGUACCAUUGGAUCUGCUCUUUCACCUGUUUCUGGAUUUGGAGCUAGUGGUUCCAGUCAUGGCUCCAAGAUCAGUGGUUCUGUCCAUAGUUCUAAAAGGCCCGGUAGCAGUGGUGUAGGUGAUGGAUCUUCAGGCUUCACUUCUCAUUCCUUCGUGCCUUCCAACUACGGACCAGGCCACGACGGAUUCUGCCCGGAAAUCACCGAUAAAUGCACCGGCCCCAAACCCAAGUUAUGUAACAACGACAGCGCCUGUGAGCCCGACGAAAAGUGCUGCUUUGACACUUGCUAUUUCUACGGUAAAUCCGAACAUUUUGUGUGCAAGCGUUCCCUCAGACAGCCCCCUGGAUGGUAGCCUCGAGGGUGGCACUCCUCUGAGACUGGCUGUCCGCCUGGCACUGUGUUCAGCCUCCUCUACUCGCCGCUUGUUCCUUUGUUGUCAACUUUUCCUGCUGUUAGGCAAUAAAUGAAAUGAUAAAUAAGAAAAUGAGUACAUGAAUAAAAAGAUUAAUCCCUCA